AACCUAGGUGACUAAUCCGGGUAAAUAAAUAAUCCCUGUCGACUAAUCCAUUUAUAUUCGUCUCUUGGUUCGAAUGAAUGGUGUCAUGUCGGUGUGAGGAGCGGAGCAAGGAGGAGGAGUAAAAGCGCUUUCAAUGAAGCUGCAAUUAGUGCCUGGGCGGCGGGCCAAAUGACUCCAGUCCCUCAAGCGAAUGUAGAACCCGAGUCUUAGCCAGACCGGCGAACGCCUCGCUCGGUUGAAGCCACGACAUGGCCGUCUAUCAGCGGAAGCGACUCAAACUUUUCCUCGGCGGCGCUGCCUUCUUGGCCUUUCUUUUCAUCUACUUGCGGGACUUCCCCGAAGAACUCGACCUUCCCGCCGCCACUAAAGAGCCUCGCGAGGCGCACGAGCCGGACCCGAGGAGACCGGUGUACGAGAAACCCCCGUCGGACCCGAACGCCCCCGGCGCACUGGGCAAGCCCGUGAAGUUAACGCUGAACGCCGAGGAGAAGCGAAAGGAGGAAGAGAGCAUCUCCAAGCAUAAACUCAACAUCUACGUCAGUGAUAUGAUCUCACUGCAUCGACGCCUGCCUGAGAGGCGGAACCCGCUCUGCCGUGACGUGCGUUACGACUACCGCUCCCUGCCGACCACUUCGGUGGUGAUUGCCGUCUACAACGAAGCCUGGUCCACCCUGCUCAGGACGGUCCACAGCGUUCUGGAGACGUCACCCGACAUCCUGCUCAAGGAGCUGAUCCUCGUUGACGACUACAGCGACCAAGCCCACUUGAAGGAGCCUUUGGAGAAGUACUUGUCCGGCUUGCGGAAGGUGCGUCUGAUCCGUGCCACCAAGCGGGAGGGCCUGGUGCGAGCCCGCCUGCUGGGGGCCUCGUUCAGCACUGGCGACGUACUGACUUUCCUGGAUUGCCACUGCGAGUGCCACGAAGGCUGGUUGGAGCCUCUUCUCCAAAGGGUCAAGGAGGAGCCGACGGCCGUGGUGUGUCCCAUCGUCGACUCCAUCAAGUGGGACACUUUUGAAUAUUUGGGCAACGCGGGCGACCCUCAAAUUGGCGGCUUCGACUGGAACAUGGUCUUCAGGUGGAACCAUAUCCCAGAUCAUGAGAAGAAACGGCGCAGGUCACCCAUCGAUGUCAUCAGGUCUCCCACGAUGGCCGGCGGUUUGUUUGUUGUCAGCAAGAGCUAUUUCGCCUACUUGGGCACAUAUGACACAGGCAUGGAGGUGUGGGGAGGAGAGAAUCUGGAAUUCUCCUUCCGGAUCUGGCAGUGCGGCGGCAGCCUGGAGAUCCACCCGUGCUCCCACGUGGGCCACGUCUACCCCAAGUCCCCGCCAUACUCGCGCAAGACGGCGCUGGCCAACAGCGUGCGCACCGUCGAAGUUUGGAUGGACCACCAAAAGGAAUUUUACUACAACCGCAACCGCCAUGCCCGAAAGGAAAGUUUUGGAGACGUGUCGGAACGCCAUCAACUGCGGAAGAAGCUGGGCUGUAAAAACUUCCAGUGGUACCUGGACAAUAUUUACCCUGAGUUCUAUGUCCCCAGAGAUCAGCCGGGAUUUUUCGGAAAUCUGGAAAGUGCGGGAGAGGUUGGUUUUUGUUUGGACUACAACUCUGAAAGCAAGAACAAAAGAGUGAUUUUGUAUCAUUGCCAUGGAAUGGGCAAUAACCAGUUCUUCGAGUACUCGUCGGACGGCGCCCUCCAUUACAGCAUGGGCACCACCUGCUUGGAAGGUGACAACAUCAGCACCUACCUGACGGUGCGGCCGUGCGCCAAUCCCACCAAACCCGUACUCGCGCAGCAGAAGUUCGAUCUCAGGGAGGACGGCAGCCUGCUGCACGUGGACAGCCUGAAGUGCGUGGAAGCACUCGACCAGACGGAUGACGAUAUUCCCGCACCGUCCCUGCGGCCGUGCUCGGGUAGCCCGCGCCAGAAGUGGACCUUUGUCUCCAUGUGAUGCUACAGUUCAAAUUCACCUUUUGAUACAUCACAGCUUUUGGGUUGUUUUUU